UUAUUAUUAUUAUUAUUAUUAUUAUUAUUAUUAUUAUUAUUAUUAUUAUUCCUCUCCUUCUUUACUUGAGGGAUCCGUGUAAUUUAAAUGGAAGGACAUCGCCUGAAAUCUUUGACGCAUGUAUCCAUUUCAGAUUCGUUUCUCCGCAAUGAAGGCGGUCGUUACUCUUGUCGUGGUGGUGCUUUUGGUGGCGACCAUGAUGGAGGAAGCCGGUGGUCAUAAGCGCAAUGGUCGUGGAGGAGGCCCUGGGGGACGGGGUCGGGAUCGACGUGGCUUGUGCAUUGAUUCACUGUGUGGGGCAGCCGAAGAUGCUGAUACCUGCAGCGAUUGUGCCAGGAAUGUGCGUGGUUUUAAACAGCAGAUUCGUACUUGCAGCCGUCAACUCUCAGUACGUUGCCACAAUAUGACUACAGCCGAAACGGACAGCUUGACGACUUGCCUCACUGAUGCCAUCUCCGAAUUGAGUGACUGCUUUUAAAGAAGAAUCGACAAUGGAACGGAAAACAGGAAAACGGAUCGAUGUCUUUCCGAAAAAAAUCUUCAAUUGGCUUUGACUGUAUGGCACACAUAAAAAAUAUCCUUUUAAUCACCAAUAAAUAGCAUGCAAACUA